CUAACAUGUAACCAACCCCCCACACCAGAAAUGGCUGAAAUGUCCGUUAAAUUUUCUUUCUUCAAAACCCUUUUCCUCUUUCUCUAUCGAGUUCUGUUUCGACAAUUUAAGAUCAUCCCUAAAGGUCUCCACAGAAAUGUCAGCAAUAUCCAUGUAAACACCCAUUGUAAAUGCCAGAAAUUCGUUUCUCUCCUUCAUAGAUCCGAUCUAUCGGAGAAAACUCUGAUUUUCAGCGUGGAAGGGGCAUUGUUGAAGUCUUCGUCUUUGUUUCCUUACUUCUUCCUUGUGGCUUUUGAAGCCGGUGGCGUCUUAAGGGCUCUUGUGCUGUUACUUCUGUAUCCAUUAAUAUGUUCAGUUAGAGAAGAGAUGGGGAUGAAGAUGAUGGUCAUGGUUUGUUUCUUCGGGAUCAAGAAAGAGAGAUUCAGAGUAGGAAGAGCCGUUCUGCCAAAGUUCCUCUUGGAGGAUGUAGGCUGGGAACCAUUUAUGGUGUUGAAGAAAGGAGGGAAAAGAAUUGCUGUCAGUAACAUUCCCCAGGUAAUGAUUGAGAGCUUCCUAAGAGAUUACCUCGAAAUCGACUUUGUCGUUGGAAGAGAGCUGAAGGUUUUCCAUGGGUACUUUCUAGGACUCAUGGAAGAGAAAAAGGCAAGCUCGGUUGCCUUGGAGGAAAUCCUUACAAUUACUAAUGAAAGUUCAAUUAACGAUCUUAUUGGGAUCACUCGCUUCAACAGCCUCGACAAAUAUUUCUUCUCUUCCUGCAAGGAAGUUUACUUGGUGGCAAGAUCAGAGAAGAGAAUUUGGAGUAGUCUACCAAGAGACAUGUACCCGAAACCGUUCAUUUUCCAUGAUGGUAGAGUGGCUCUCCGACCAACCCCAAUAGCCGCUCUAACCUUUUUCAUGUGGAUGCCAUUUGGUAUCAUUCUCUCCAUCUUCAGAAUCAUCAUCGCCUUGAGUUUUCCCUUCAAGCUUUCCACCCCCAUGUUAGCCUACAGCGGCUUUGUCCUUCGUUUAACUAUAAAACCCACAAAACCGCCUUCCUCACACAAGAAGGAACAGAAACAGAGAGGUGUUCUUUACGUCUGCAACCACAGGACUCUGCUUGAUCCUCUGUAUGUUUCAUUUUCCUUACAGAAAGAUCUUACAGCGGUAACUUACAGCCUUAGCAGGGUAUCGGAGCUGCUUGCGCCAAUCAGAACCGUCCGAUUAACCAGAAACCGAGACAUAGACGCGGAAAAAAUGGGAAAGCUAUUAAAUCAGGGGGACAUGGUGGUGUGUCCUGAAGGGACCACAUGUAGGGAACCCUAUCUCUUGAGAUUUAGCCCACUGUUUUCAGAAAUGAGCGAGGACAUCGUGCCAGUCGCUGUGGAUGCACGUGUUAGUAUGUUCUAUGGAACUACCGCUGGUGGGCUUAAGUGCCUCGACCCAGUUUUCUUCUCGAUGAACCCAAAACCAAGCUACACGGUUGAGAUAUUGAAUCCCAUUUCUGGGUCCCCAAUGUGUGAGGGGAACAGCACAUCGAGGUACGAUGUGGCUAACCAUGUUCAAAGUGAGCUAGGUAAGGCUCUAGGAUUUGAGUGCACCAAACUUACCAGAAGGGACAAGUACUUGAUCUUGGCGGGUAAUGAAGGCAUAUCAUGUAAUAACAACAAACCAUAAAAUCUCUUAAAGAUUGAAGCCCACAAGUUGUACAAAAAAGGGUGAGCUUGGCGUUGCUUUGAUUGUAUAGCCUCAUAAAUCUCAGCAUCGAGGCAUCUAUAUCAUUUUCCAUGAGUAUUUCAGUUCGUACGGUACUUGGUGUUAGAGAUGAUUUCUUUUCAAUUACGAUGUUUAUAUAUGGUUGUUAAUUUAUACUAAAACCAAAAUUUUGCUUGUAACAUAUGUGCUUACCUAUCUGCUUAU